GGAUGCCCGCACCCCUUUUCUGGGCAUACAGGUGUUCUCCAGGAGAUCACGUUUGAAGACACCAGGCAGGCACUCCAAAGCUCACUGAUCUUCCCAGGCCAGGACUGUGGGGGACAAAGAAGACCCAAAGAGAGGGUAGGACUUGCCGGGUAAGGGAGGCUUCGCGGAGGAGGAGAACAGGCUCUGACAGAGACAGCAUCGUGAGGAUGUGGGGAGGAGAAAGAACAGGGCUUUCACGCCCUGGGUAUCUUAGGGAGGGCUGAAAGGAGGGCGUUGAUCCCCGGGGAAGGCCCGACUCUGAGCCCCGGAAGCCAGGAGACAGAGGGGGGGAGGGGUGGUCGCCUCGGCAUCCUUGCUUCCCAGGUCCGCGCCUCAGUUUCUGCUGAUGUCCGCCUCCAGGCCGGGAGAAGGCAGCGGGCGGUCGGCUCCCUGUACCAACGCCCCCGGCCUAACUCCUCCCCCGGGCGCCCAUUGGCCUGCACCCCGCCCCCCAGCCUGUGAAGUGCAGGGGGUGGGAGGGUGGAGGUGGUGGUCUGUCGCCUCCCUUCAGCGCCAGGCCUGGCUUCUUUGCAGAGACGGUGCCUCACCCGCAGGACAGACCCCGGGGCGCUGGGGGGGCCCUGGAAGAGGGGAGGGCGAGGGCAGGCGGGGGCAGCCGCGCUCGGCCCCGGGCGUGACUGACAGCGGCGGCUCCAGGCGAGCGGAUCCUGCGUGCGCACACUCACACGGCGCGCUCACACGCCGCGGUGCAGGGACCCACGGCCACCGGCUGCCAGCCGACAAACGGACGCAGAGACCCGGGCUCGGCGCAUGUUCCUGGGCACACGCGCUCCUCAUCUGCGGGCGGCGUGGGGCGCAGGCUCGCCACUACGCGCCCUCCCCGCGGAGUCUGCUCCCGCCGACCUGCGGCCCCAAGCCCCGCCGGGAGCAGCCCCUGGACACCGUGGGGCUGACGAGCGGCGGCUCCGAGUGGGAGGCAAGUGGUGCUGGCCUGAGCCUCCUUCCGGGCUGAGAAACAUCAUGACCAGCGUCGUGCAGGCCUCCUUGGCCGCUUUCCUUCUCCUG